AUGAGUUUGGAGGCCACUUGUCUCUGCCGUCUGUCACGUAUGCACAUGCAGCGACGUCCAUCAGCCUCAGCAUCCUUACUUCUCUCCCCGGCGGGUACGGGAGCGCAGAGAAAGCUCUUCAUCAUGAGGUCCUUCGUCCUACUGCUCUUCACCCUGUUGUUGGUGUCCCAUGGAUCCUCGGCCAUCAUCACAGGGGCCUGUGAGAAGGACUCUCAGUGUGGAGGAGGGAUGUGUUGUGCUGUGAGUUUAUGGAUCAGCAGCCUGCGUAUGUGCACGCCCAUGGGACAGGAGGGAGAUGACUGUCACCCCAUGAGCCACAAGGUUCCUUUCUUUGGCAAAAGACUCCACCACACUUGCCCCUGUCUGCCCAACCUGUCCUGUAUCACCUUAACGGAGGGCAGGUCCAAAUGUCUCUCACCGUACCAGUAUCCAGACUACUACCUCUGA